AACAUCGAUAUACCGCGGGUGUCAACUGCCAUCUCUAAUCUAAUCAGUCAUGCCUUCUGUGCUGUAGUAAGCGGACCUGUUACUGCUACGAUAAGCAAGAAUAUAAUUCUAACAGUUGUUUUCAGAAUUUUAUCGAUAAUCUAACAGUUUAUCGAUAUAUCGCGGGUUCUGUUUGUCAUCUCUAUCUAAUCAGUUGUGACCUCUGUUAGCUAGUUAGAGGUGGUGUCAAGUAGUGUCAAUAUGCAGGAAUUUGAAGCCACCGAACACCAGCAUAGCAGAUACAACCCGCUUAAGGACGAAUGGAUCCUGGUAUCCCCGCAUCGCUGCAAGCGACCCUGGAGUGGCCAGACUGAGGGGUCCCCUGAGGAACAACCCCCAGACCUCAACAACCCUUUAAGGGCGGGGGCAGUCCGGUCUAGUGGGCAGAGAAAUCCCAACUACACCUCAACGUACGUGUUUCCGAACGACUUCCCAGCCCUGCUGGAGCGAGUGCCGGAGCCUCCACCUCCCGACCAUCCGCUGUUCCAGGUGGCUCAGGCUAAAGGGACCUGCAGAGUAAUGUGCUUCCAUCCGGAUUCGUCCAUGACAAUACCACUGAUGUCCGUCAAAGAAAUACUGGCAGUUAUUGAGGAAUGGAUCAACCAACUACAAGAAUUAGGUCGUCGCUACACAUGGGUGCAAAUUUUCGAAAACAAGGGUGCUAUAAUGGGGUGUUCCAACCCCCACCCUCACUGCCAGAUAUGGGCGUCCAGUUUCCUACCGAAUGAACCUAGGGUCAAAGAAAGGUGUCAAAAGGAAUAUUACACAAAGUUCGGAAAACCUUUGCUAGUGGAUUAUUUGGUACAGGAAAUGAAGAAGAAAGAGCGUAUAGUCCUCCAAAAUUCCGAAUGGGUGGCCUUAGUCCCCUACUGGGCAGCGUGGCCGUACGAAACUAUGCUUCUGCCCAUAAACAACAGACCACAGCGAAUGACUGAUUUAAACGAAGACCAAAAGAUGGCGCUGGCUGAGAUCAUGAAGCAAUUAUGCACGAAAUAUGACAACCUGUUCCACUGCAGCUUCCCUUACAGCAUGGGCUGGCAUGGUGCCCCAACCGGCUCUUCGCGGAAGCCAGGCGACGCCCCCCACUGGCUCUUCCACGGUAUCUACCUGCCCCCCCUACUGCGAUCUGCCACCGUGAAGAAGUUCAUGGUAGGCUAUGAGAUGCUGGCGCAGCCACAGCGAGACCUGACUCCGGAGCAGGCUGCCGACAAACUUAGGCAAUGUGACCACUUGGUCCAUUAUAAGAACCAAUAAAUUGCUCGUAAAGCGAGUUGCUCUCUCGUCCUUUCAUUCAGCUUCACCUAAGAUGGAGUAGAUGGUUCAUUUCAUAAAGGAAUCAAUUAAGAUUUUAAACUGACCCAAAACCGUAUUGGUUCAAGCGAUCAUGAAUGACCUUGAGACUUGCUUUUAUUUAUACUCUUUAGAAAAAAUGCAUUGCAUCACAGACUAGAAUGUAUUGCAUCCCAACAACUCA